AUGUCCAAUACAAAAACCACAUGUCGAGAUGGAACUGAAGGCACGGAACAAUCGAAAAUCGACCAGCAAUUCGAUUUAUUAUCAACCAGCAACAAUACGAAUAGAACUCUCGAGAACACUCAGCAAGCUGAGGGUGCAACUACAGGUUUAAAACUAACAGAAUGUUUUAGAUGCUAUGUUCAACUUGAACGCUGUGAGGUCAAAGGCUAUAGUAUCAGCUCUAGCAAGACUGCGGUUAGAACGUUUCAAGAAGAUGGAAAAGAAGCAACGACGAUGGAGUCACAAGAGAAAAAGCAAUAUAAUGCACAUGCUGAAUGCAAAUCAAAGCCAGAUGAAGAGUAA